AUGGAGAAAACGGUGUUUGUUGGAAAGAACAAGCCUCAGAAAGAUCCCCUGAGCUCCUUUCGUUGGCAGGGCUUCAAGCUGGAGGAGUAUCUCAUCGGGCAGCCCAUCGGGAAGGGCUGCAGUGCUGCUGUCUACGAAGCAGCGAUUCCUUCCCCCCCAGCCCGGGGGCAGGUGGAAAGCAGCUCAGGGGAGGAGCCAGCCCUGCAGCCCGGUGGUGACCCGGCCCAGGACAAGCACCAGUCAAAAGAGGCUUUUCCAUUAGCUAUCAAAAUGAUGUGGAACAUCUCGGCUGGUUCCUCAAGUGAAGCCAUCCUGGAUGCCAUGGGCCGGGAGCUGGUCCCAGCCACGGGAGCUGCUUUAUCCGGGGAAUACGGAGCCAUCCCUGCCUGCAGAAAACCUGUCCUUGGGAGGAAGAAGUUGAGACCUCACCCAAAUAUAAUCCAGGUGAUCAGAGCCUUCACAUCCUCUGUCCCUUUGUUGCCUGGAGCCUUCACAGAGUAUCCAGAUGUUCUUCCAUUAAACCUGAACCCCAGAGGGAUCGGCCACAGCCGCACGCUCUUCUUGGUGAUGAAAAACUACCCCUGCACCCUGCACCAGUACCUGAGGGGGAACAGCCCAGACCUUCGUCUCUCCACGAUGAUGAUUCUGCAGCUGUUGGAAGGAGUGGAUCAUCUUGUCCAACAUGGAAUAGCACACAGAGACCUCAAGUCUGACAACAUCCUGGUUGAAUUUGAUUCUGCUGGCUGCCCCUGGCUGGUGAUCACUGACUUUGGGUGCUGUUUGGCAGAUGAGAACCUCAGGUUGCCCUUCCCCAGCAUCUAUGUGGAUCGGGGCGGCAACGGCUGCCUGAUGGCACCCGAGGUGAUCACAGCCUCCCCUGGCCCGGGCAGGGUGAUCAACUACAGCAAAGCUGAUGCCUGGGCUGUGGGAGCCAUUGCCUACGAAAUCCUUGGCCUGGCCAAUCCUUUCUAUGGCCAUGGGGACUCCAGUCUGGAAAGCAGAAGUUACUGUGAAGACCAGCUGCCCAGCCUGCCCCACCAUGUGCCCCUGGAGGUGAAGCAAGUGAUAAAGAUGCUGCUUCAGAGGGAUCCCAACAAGAGAUUGUCUGCUCGUGUUGCUGCCAACGUGCUUCACCUCAGCCUCUGGGGCGAGGGGGUUCUGGCUUCCAGGGCCUUGCAACCCGACCAGAUGAUUACCUGGCUCCUCUGCCAGUCUGCAGCUGCUUUGCUCAUGGAUGGACUGGUGGAUAAAAGCCGGGUAGAAACCAAAAUGAAGAUGUGCUUUUUGGCAAACCUGGAGUAUGAAGACCUGUGGGCAGCAAUGCUGCUGUUGCUGGCCUGGAGAAGCCAGGCUGAGUGA